GCGGCGCCAUCUUUGCUGGGUCCGUGAAGAAGCGCUCCGAGGGGCGCGGGAGGAGAAGGGAGCCGAGCCGCGCCGAGCCGGCCGGGCCCGGGAGGAGGUAAGAGAAUGAGAAUCUGCUAGCUGCUUUGCUCCUGUGCUGCAGUUUGAAGCAGUCCAAGUUUUCAAGGAAAGGCACAUUUGUACGGAGACAGCGCUUACCAGAAGCAAAAUGUGGGAUCAAGGCGGGCAGCCCUGGCAGCAGUGGCCUCUGAAUCAGCAGCAGUGGAUGCAGUCAUUCCAACACCAACAGGAUCCAAGCCAGAUCGACUGGGCCGCCUUAGCACAAGCGUGGAUCGCCCAACGUGAAGCCUCGGGACAGCAAGUGGCCGAGCAGCCGGGAGUCCUGCCCAACGGACAAGAGCUGCCUGAACUCGAGCCAGGCCCAAACAACCAUGAAUGGGGAAUGCAUCACCAGCCCCCACACCCCCCUCCAGAUCAGCAGUGGAUGCCACCAACACCAGGCCCCAUGGACAUUGUUCCUCCUUCCGAAGACAGCAACAGUCAGGACAGUGGGGAGUUUGCCCCCGACAACAGGCAUAUAUUUAACCAGAACAAUCACAACUUUGGUGGACCACCCGAUAAUUUUGCAGUGGGGCCCGUGAACCAGUUUGACUAUCAGCAUGGGGCUGCUUUCGGUCCGCCGCAAGGUGGAUUUCAUCCUCCUUAUUGGCAACCAGGACCGCCGGGACCUCCAGCGCCUCCCCAGAGUCGAAGAGAAAGGCCGUCUUUCAGGGACCGGCAGCGCUCGCCCAUAGCUUUGCCCGUGAAGCAGGAGCCGCCUCCCAUCGAUGCGGUGAAACGCAGAACCCUUCCGGCUUGGAUUCGAGAAGGACUGGAAAAGAUGGAGCGGGAAAAGCAGAAGAAGUUGGAGAAGGAGAGAAUGGAACAUCAGCGUUCCCAGUUGUCCAAAAAGGAGAAGAGGGCAAUUGAGGAAGCUGAAGGAGGAGAUGGCCCUCGGUUACCACAGAAAAGUAAAUUUGACAGCGAUGAGGAAGAUGAAGACAUGGAAAACGCUGAGGCGGCCAGCAGUGGGAAAAUGACCCGAAGUCCAUCUCCGGUUCCUCAAGAAGAGCAGAGCGAACCAGAGAUGACAGAAGAAGAGAAGGAGUAUCAGAUGAUGUUGCUGACAAAAACGCUACUGACCGAAAUUCUCCUCGAUGUCACAAAUGAAGAGAUUUAUUACGUGGCCAAAGAUGCGCAUCGGAAAGCAACAAAAGCUCCUGCAAAACAGCUGGCGCAGUCCAGUGCACUGGCUUCCCUUACUGGACUCGGUGGACUGGGUGGUUAUGGAUCAGGAGACAGUGAAGACGAAAGGAGCGACAGAGGCUCCGAAUCGUCCGACACCGACGACGAGGAGCUCCACCACCGGAUCAGGCUCAAACAGGAAGCCUUUUGGAGGAAAGAAAGGGAACAGCAGCUGUUGCAUGACAAACAGGUGGAAGAAGAAAAGCUGCAAAACGAAAGGCUGAUCAAAGAGAUGAACGAAUUUGUUCCCAAAGAGCCAAACAGCAGCUUAUCGCUCCUGGAAGCCAGGGAGACGGAGGGUGACGUGGUUAGCGAGAAGAAACGCCCCGCGAGCGAAGCGGCCCCCCCCGUAGAAGCCCGAAAGGACCCCAGGGAGAGACUAGGGAGGAGUAGGUCGGGGAGCUCGAGUAGCACGAGCAGCAACAGCAGAAGCAGCAGCAGCAGCAGCAGCAGCAGCGACGGCAGCGGCAGCAGCAGCGGCGACUCCAGCUCCUCGUACAGUUCUAGCUCAGGGAGUAGCCGCAGUUCUUCCCUCUCUUCCUCCCCCAGGAGGAAGAAGAGGCCCAGCCCCAGCAGGUCCCCCACUCACAAGGCGAGGCGCAGCAGGAGUAGGAGUUACGGGCGUAGGCUCAAGGCCGGGGGUAGCCAGGCCAGGGACAAGGUAAGAGACAGGAGGCGGGCCUCGAGGAACAGCCUGGAGAGAGACCGGCGCCGAAACUGGAGCCCGCCCCGAGACAGGAGGAGGAGCAGAAGCCACUCGAGGGACAGGCGAGCCGGGCGGGGGAGUCGCAGCCGGAGUCGAGAGCAGCGGAAAGCGGACGAGCCCAGAGAGCAGCAGCGAGAGCAGCGAGAGCAGCGAGAGCCGAGGGCCGGCCCGGGCGGGAGGACCCACCGAGCCAAGGGGGACGGCAAGGAGCGGGAGAGGAAAAAGGAGAGGAGUAAGAGCCUAGACAGAGACAGGAAGCGGAAGGACAGGGAGCGGGAGCAGGACCGGAGGAAAGAGAAGCCGAGGAAGGAGGACAAGGACAGUAAGGGCGGCGGCCAGGAUGACAGGUGGAAAAGAAAGAGGGACGGCGAAAGGAUCGUUUCGCGCAGCGAGCCCAUCUCGGUGAAAAUCGUGCGCCAGGGUCCCAGGCAGGAGAGUAAGCGGAGUUUUACCAAAGGUAGUAAGAAACACUCAGGCUCCGAGUCUAGCCCGAGGAGCACCUCUGAGUCUCCGGGAAGUAGCCGAGAAAAGAAGGCUAAGAAGCCUAAGCAUAGCCGGUCUCAGUCCGUGGAGAAAUCUCAAAGGUCUGGUAAGAAGGCAAGCCGCAAACACAAGUCUAAGUCCCGAUCAAGAUCAACAACCCCUCCCCGUCGUAAACGCUGAGGAGUGAUGUGGCCCCAAUGCCAUGAUGUUGUUUAAAAAAAUUCCAUGAGUUUUAAGGGCUUGUCUCAUUAUAGAGGCACAUUGUGGCUAUGUAGGUGAAACCAGAUUUUUUUUUUUUUAACCUGUAAAUAUACCUAUUUUUUCCAAAUGCUGCUCCGAGUUACGUAAUAGGAUUUCUUUGUAUUACUUUUCUUUUUCCAAAAGAUAGUACUUAAGAGUAUAAAUAUGCAUUCUCUCUUUCAGCUGUAAUGUUCUUAAAAAAUCACUAUUGAAUGUACUGUGAUGUCAAUAAAGCUUUUUAGUUCAUUUUUUGUUAA